CUACUUUCCUACCUCUGGUUUUUGUCAAAAAAUCAGCUGGAUAUUUUUAAGGUUAUGUUAUUUCUAUAAUAAUUCAUAUUUUCUGUUAUUUAAUAACAAAUUUCGAGAAAUGUCAUCGGAUUUUCAAAAUGAGGAUUUUCAAAUAGUUAACAAAUUAUCAAAAUAUAUAAGUAAUAAUUCUCAAGAAAAAAUUAUUUCAAUUUUAAAAAGGACUAAAGCUGAUUCAAAAUAUGAAAAGCAAUUUAUCAAGGAAGAAAAUUUAAAUCUUUUAAUAGAUCUUUUACAAUUUCGAAAUCUUGAGAUUAUUAAUCUGACUCUAAGUCUUCUAGCAGAUAUGUGUAAAGUUCUUGAAAUCAGGGAAAAGGUUAGAGCACCAAAAAUUGCAAUUUAUACAUUAUGGAUUAUACGGAAUUUAGAAGGGAGUUACAACCUACACUGUCGCGCAGUACGGUUAAUUGGAAAUUUAUCAGAAUGCAGUUGGCAUGCAAAAUCUUUUUGUGAUCAAAAAGCUGUGGGUGUAUUAACUGAUAUUUUACACUCAAAAACCUAUACUGAAGUUCAUAUAAUGACUGUAAGAGCUAUCAGAAAUAUUUGGAACUCAUACAAGAAAAGUCGAAUUGAAAUUCUGCAAUCAGGUGCAAUAUCGAAAAUUGUCACUUUGUUUGUUAGAGCUAGUAAAAAGUCUGAAUCUAAAUAUGUUGGAUUAAAAAAAGCAUGUUUAAAAGCUAUGUGUUCAUUUGCAGAGAGUUUAGAUUUUGAGUGUGCUAUUCAAAUGCGUGGUGACAUUGAUGAAGAAGGUUUUAAGUGUAUAAUGGAAAUUUGUGAAGAGAAAAACGAUUUAGCCUUAAAAUGUUUAUUCAAUUUGUCUCUAAUAGCAAAAUGUCGACCGAUAUUAGGAAGCUGUGGUGUAAUUGAAAGGUUAUUAUUAUUAAUAACUAAUAAUGAGAAACUGUCCUGGCAAAUUUUAGCUAUUUUAUGUCAUUUUUGUCGUGAAGCUGUAAAUCGUGUACAAAUUAAAUCAGUCGCAGGUCUAGAAAUAAUGAUGGCUUUAUUGAAAAACAAGGAAAAUGAAAAGUUUCAUUCAAUGAUAUUAGAUGCACUUGUGUUAUUUGAGUAUGAUGAAGACGGUAUUGCAAUUAUGGUCAAAAAUGGACUUUUAGAUGUACUUAUCGAAAAGCUUAAAUUAAUGAUUACAGCUGAGGAGUUACAAUUUAAAAAUGAAAAGGGGACACCUAAGAAACGUUCAGGGGAUUCUUCUCCUUAUGAAAGGAGUGAUUUUAAGUAUAACAGAACCUCAUUGGGAAGGUUUAGUCUGGAUUAUCAUUAUGAUAAUUGGAGUCCGAGUAGUGGUGCUAGUACUUCUUCCUCACCGCCUAGUACACCACCUUUACCUCUUUAUGAUUGUAAAGAUUUUGAUGAAAGUGCAGAAGAAAAUUAUAGCCCAGUUUGUAGUGAUGAUGAAUGGACUGAAAAAGAACAUAGCCUAAAUUUUUCAGAGAAAGUUAAGUCGUCAGCUUCUAAACAUGUGAAGAAAUCGACUUUAACUUUAUUAAGCAUAUUAAGUGACUCCAAUGAGCCUAUGGAAAAAUUAGCCGAUCCAUUAGUAAUAACAUCACUAUCAACUUAUAUCAAACUUACCAAAGAUCCAAAAGCAUUACAAAUUUUAACAAAAAUUGCUAAGAAUAGUGCAUAUUUAGUGCCUUUGAUACAACAAGGUUUCGUUUUUGAAGCUCAAACAAUUUAUGGUUGUAAGCAGUGUUUACAACAAUUAUCAGCGUUAGCUGAAACUGGUGGUGCAGUUGGACAAUUAUCAUCAAUACUUUUAUGUGGCACAGAGACAAAUAAAAACAUGACAGCAAUUUCUAUACCAUUUCUUAUCAAAGCUAAGAAAAAUUUAAAAUAUUUACUAAGCAAACAUAGUGGUAUACUUUUAAUAUUUCGCAUUCUUGAGAAUCCAAAGCAUAUUUUACAUGAUAAUGCGAUAUUAUCAAUUAGUCAAUUGGCAAAAUUACUGGACAUUCAACCACAUGCUAUUGACUGGAGUGAAUUAUUGAUGGAAACUAAUAUUGAACCAUUAGAUAGAGAAAAAUGUGAUAAUCUUUCAAAUUCUUCCUUAGUUACAUUUAUACUUGAUGAUGGUACAACAGUUGAUGCAUGCAGAGAAACUCUUUGUCAGAAGUCGGAAUGUUUUGCUGCUAUGUUAAAUGGUAAAUUUCUUGAAGCUGGAAAGAAAACAAUGUUAUUAAAGGAUACCUCAAAAGAAAGUUUAAAUAUUCUUUUGCUUGCUGCAAAUGGUGAUACAUUUCAAAAUGAAACUAUUGAAGAACUUCUGGAUGCUGUUUUAUUGGCUAAUAAAUAUUUAAUGCCCGAUGUUUUGGAAAUAUUGAUUAAAAUCUCAAUAUCCAGAUUAAAUUAUAAUAAUUUUAGUCGCGUAUGGAAUUGGACACGGCAUCAUUCACCACAUUUUCAUGUUUGGACGCAUUUGAAAACUUUUUGUUUAGAAAGUUUUUUAACAUCACGAAUGACCAGAUCAGAACGCCUUCAAGCAUUCCGAAAUUUUUCAGCAUGCAAAGAUUUUAAGAUAUUCUUGGUAGAGGUUAAAGAAAUGUUAAUCUCUAGUCUCUAUCUACCGUAAAUAGACUGUUUUUUAAAAAUAUUAUUUAAAUUUUAAUUGUAUAUAUGUAAUAAAUAGUAAUUGUUUAUGAGACAACUAAUUUUAAAAUAUAUUUCUACUUCAAUUUUUAUUAUAUAAUUUUGUUAAGUAAUUUCUAUCUCGAGUAAUUAAUUAUGUAAAAAAAUGUUCAAAGUAUAAUAAAUUUUUACAAUACAUGUAUAAUAAA